GCGACCGUGAAGUGUCAUGUCGUCUCCGGCAGUUCUUGGCUGACUUUUACCUUUUCCCCUCUCUCUGUGUGUGAAGUGGAGCCGGGGCGCAGCGCGGAGAGGAGAGCAGACCUCUUUAUUCCUGAGUGACUGACUGGACAGACUGGGACAGACGGACAGAGAGCGCCCAGUCACAACUGCCUCUCUUCUGUUUGAAAUCACUUUGAGGUAACAGCGGCAGAGAUGACACGGGGCUGCUUGUGGACGACUGGACUGGUUCUUCUCGCUGUUUGUGUGAAGGUUGCUGUUUGGGCCAACAAUGGUGACGCAGUGUUCAUCAGGGAAUUCACUCUGAUUCGACGAGACCACCUUGCAGAAGAGCCUCUCCAAGAUAGCAGCCAGAAACCAGAAGACCCUAGCUCACGGACGGCCCGAUCAGAAGAGGACAGAGACACUCUGUGGGAUGCUUGGGGCUCGUGGAGUGAAUGCUCCAGAACCUGUGGAGGAGGCGCUUCAUACUCCCUCAGACGAUGCCUCAGUUCCAAGACCUGUGAAGGGCAGAAUAUCAAAUAUCGCACAUGCAGUAAUGUGGAAUGCCCUCCAGAUGCCGGUGAUUUCCGUGCCCAGCAGUGUUCAGCUCAUGCAGACGUGCGAUACCAGGGUCAGUACCAUGAGUGGCUGCCAGUGUACAACGACCCAGACAACCCCUGCGCUCUCAAGUGCAAAGCCAAGGGCUCGGGCCUCGUGGUGGAGCUGGCGCCCAAGGUGCUGGAUGGGACACGCUGUUACACAGAGUCCUUGGACAUGUGUAUCAGUGGAGUCUGCCAGAUUGUAGGUUGUGAUCAUGACUUGGGGAGCACAGCAAAGGAGGACAACUGUGGUGUCUGCAAUGGAGACGGCUCUUCCUGCAGACUGGUGCGAGGACACUACAAAACCCAGCAUGCUUCAGGAAAAACCGAAGACACAGUCGUCGCCGUCCCCUAUAAGAGUCGUCAUGUGCGUCUAGUCCUGAAAGGCCCGGAUCACUUGUUCGUAGAGAGCAAGACUCUUCAAGGGGCAAUAGAUGAGCUCGUCUUCGAUCAAUCCGGGCAGUACCACCUGGAGAACACCACCCUGGACUACCAGAAACUUUCGGAUAAGGAGGUCCUGAGAAUCACUGGCCCGCUCGGAGCCGACUUCACAGUCAAAGUGCAGUUUGCCAGCGGAGCAGACAGUGUGGUCCAGUACAUCUACUACCAGCCCAUCAUCCACCGCUGGAGGGAGACAGACUUCUUCCCUUGCUCCGUCACGUGUGGUGGAGGGUACCAGCUAACCUCAGCAGAGUGCUUUGACCUUCGGAGCGGCCGAGUGGUCGUGGAUCAGUAUUGCCAUUAUUACCCAGAGAACAUCAAACCCAAACCAAAACUCCAGGAGUGCAACAUGGAGCCCUGCCUGGCCAGUGACGGCUACAAGCAAAUCAUGCCAUAUGACCUCUACCACCCCCUGCCUCGAUGGGAGAGCAGUCCCUGGACCGCCUGCUCCACGUCCUGUGGUGGAGGCAUCCAGAGUCGCUCAGUUUCCUGUGUGGAGGAAGACAUGCAGGGUGUCAUCACUUCCACUGAGGAAUGGAAGUGUCUCUACUCCCCCAAGACGCCCAUACUGCAGCCCUGUAACACAUUCGACUGCCCCACCUGGCUGGCACAGGAGUGGUCACCCUGCACUGUGACCUGUGGUCAGGGUCUGCGCUACAGAGUGGUGUUGUGUAUCGAUCACAGAGGACUUCAUGCUGGAGGUUGUAACCCGACCACCAAGCCCCACAUCAAGGAGGAGUGUCUGGUGACUGUGCCCUGUUAUAAGUCCAUAGAUACGCUUCCUGUUGAGGCAAAACCUGUGUGGCACAAGCAGGCUAUAGAGCUGGAGGAGGAGAUCAGCGUCACUGAGGAACCAACCUUCAUCCCUGGCCCCUGGCAGCCCUGCAGCAGGACAUGUGGCGCCGGGACCCAGCGACGGGCUGUCAAGUGCCAGGUCUUGCUGUCUUUCUCUCAGAGUGUUGCUGAUCUGCCAGAUGACGAGUGUGAGGGAGUGAAACCUGCUCCGAGUCAGCCUUGCUACCGUACUCCCUGCUCUGGUGUUUUGGGCCAAGGAAAAGAAAAAAGUGAAAAGAAAGGAGAGGAAGAGGAGGAGGAGGAGGAGGGGGAGACACCUGAAAGAGAGGAACUGCACGACUGGGAGUAUGAGGGCUUUACAGAGUGCUCAGAGAGUUGUGGGGGAGGUGUGCAGGAGGCUGUGGUCAUCUGCCUGAACAAGCAGACCAGGGAAGCAGCAGACCAGGGCCUGUGUGUGAGCUCUCGUCGGCCCCCGCAACUCCUGCAGGACUGCAAAACUCAGCCCUGCCCACCCAGGUGGGAAACAGGGGAGUGGAGUUCAUGCUCUGCUACCUGUGGGGUUGGUCUGAUGACCCGCACUGUGGCAUGCACUCACCGGCCCACUCGGGACAGCAACCGGACUGAGGUUGUGAGGAAUGAAGAAUGUCAGAUCCCCAAACCCAGCCCUGUCCAAGCCUGCAACCGCUUUGACUGCCCUCCUAUGUGGGACACGCGUGACUGGGGACAGUGCUCCCAAAGCUGUGGUGGUGGAUUUCAAAGGAGGCAGGUCCUGUGCAAACAGCGGUUGGCAGAUGGAAGCAUCCUGGAGCUGCCUGACACAUUUUGCCCUUCCAAGAGCCCCACAAACCAGCAGCCCUGUGCCAAGCAAGAGUGCCCACCUCAAUGGGUCACAACUGAGUGGUCCCAGUGUUCAGUGACCUGUGGGAAUGGAAUUCAGAGACUACAGGCAGUCUGCAGAAAACAAGGGGAUGAUAGGGCCGUAGACCCUGAGAACUGUUCCCUGACGGCCCGGCCCACCAAAAUCCGGCCAUGCUCCCUUAGACUCUGUGACAACUCUGUCAAGCCUGAUCCCACCAUACUGGCCCAGAGGAAGGUGUAUAUCCAGUUGAGGAAAGGCAAAAAGUUACAGUUGGUAGUGGGUGGCUAUGCCUACCUGCUCCCCUGGACGACUGUGGUCCUUCGCUGCCCAACCCGACACUUCCGCAAGGGCCACAUCCGAUGGUUGAAGGAAGGAAAGCCCUUGGUCGGCCUCCCACACCUCUCCAUAACAUCACUGGGAUACGUGAAGAUUCAGCAGGUUCGUGCAUCUGACGCUGGGAUAUACACAUGCGUCGCAGGUCAGGUACAAGAACACUUUGUCCUACAGAUCAUUGGCAGCAAGCAGAAGCUCUCUGUUCCCGAGUCAUGGCUCCUCGCAGGUGGACAACAAAAGGUUGGGCAGCCAGAUGUGACUUCAGCAGGAGAAAGAUUUCAAGAGCUACCCACCUCCCUCAACCAGUAUGACAACAUUGUUGAGCAUUUGCUUGAACUCAAAGGUUCUCUCCAAGAUGUAAAAGACACUGCUGAUAAAACACACUCCAGUGAAAAGAACAGGUCGACCCUGGAGGAUGAGAGAGCAAGCUCGGAGCUUUCAAGCAUGCUUGUACUCAUCGCCGAUACCCACAGGCUAAAUGAGCUCAUGCACAACCUCUCUGAAGGCGUCGGAGGACCAUGGGGGGAACAACUUAUUGCACAGUUGCUCAGUGAGCUCACUAUAACACAAGGUGAAACUAAUGAGUCCACUCUUCAUCCCCCGGAAAGUGCAGAAUCCUCCACGCAAGGACCCCUCCUUUAUAAACCCAACAUCAAAGCCCACGCGUCCAGGCCAAGAAGCCCGGUGAUAAUCCAGCGGUCUAGGAAGGUCGGAGUGGUGCCGUCAUCUGAAAUGAUAGUUCAUGUGGGAGUGCCAGUGUUGCUGCAGAAACCCAUUGCUAGUUUGGAGCUGAGGUGUGAGGCACUGGGGAACCCUGAACCGUCCCUUUCAUGGACAAAGAAUGGGAAAGAGUUGCACUAUAACAGCAGAGUAGGCCUGUUGUCCACCGGCUCACUGAGGAUUCAGUCUCCAAGCAGGGUGGAUGAGGGUCUGUACACCUGCACCGCAAGGAACCGUCUUGGAUCCACAUAUCUUUCGUCUUGGCUGCAGAUUACGAGUGGCAAAGGAAGAAACUGUAUCCAUGGUAAUGCUAUGGGACCAAAUGGCCCUGUUUGCUCUGAGAGGAAUAACAGCAGCCAGUCAGCUGAGCUGUGCCAUGGACAAGUCUGCCCCCUCAGGUGGCGAGUGGAUGCUUGGUCACUGUGUUCAGCCAAUUGUGGAGGUGGCUCCCAGACCAGAAGUGUGCGCUGCAUGAAGGGUCCUGAGGGCAGAUCAAAAGAGGUGGAGAGCCAGCACUGUUUUGGCACAGGGAGGAGACCCUCUGACACCAGGCUAUGCAACCUGCUGCCCUGUGCCAGAUGGACCACUUCCCACUGGGGAGCAUGUAAUGGUCAAUGCAAGGGACCCAGUUUGGCGACACAGCACCGGCAUGUUUACUGCCAAGACACAAACGCUACCAAAGUCCCCUACAGGAUGUGCAGUGGACUCCAGAGGCCCAGCUCUGUGAAGAAUUGUUCCACAGAAGCCUGUGCCCUUCACUGGCAUGUUGGGCCGUGGACGCAAUGCACUGCCACCUGUGGAAGGCACGGUUUCCAGUCACGCCAGGUGACCUGUGCGCACCGACGAACUGGAAAAGCGACUCGUGAACAUCACUGCAUGUGGAGGCCUCGACCUCCCAGCUGGCAGAGGUGCAAUAUUUUGUCCUGUGGCAGAGCAGGAGAGUGUCGAGACAGCACAAGGUACUGCGAGAAGGUUCGACAGCUGGAGCUUUGUCCGCUGCCUCAGUUUAAGAGCCGCUGCUGUCAUUCCUGCCGAAACACCUGAAGCAGAGACGAAAGACACAAGCCGUGGAUGACCUGGGUAGGUCAGGGGAGAUGCUCAGACAGCCAACAGAGACUUGAAACCUCUAUGCCCCCAUCCUCACACCCACAACUGUCUUCAGUGAUCAACAGUCUCGGAUGGGGAUUCCUGAAUGUGGAGGAAUGUUUGGAUGGUCAUACCCAGAGUGGUUGUGAUGGAAUUUCCUCAAAGAUAUCAUGUGUGGGUUUGAAUUUAAAAGUUUAAGAGUGGUGACAUGUCUGUUAAUGAAGGCUUCAGUUUUAGUUCUUUAAAAAAAUAUAAUGGUCAAGAAGCGUUCCUAAUUAUGCAAACAUAACUACGACAUAUUUCCAUUGUGAGUUAAUAGAAACGUGUGGUGACUGCAUGGUUCCUUAAAGGGAAACAAACAACCGGCCCGCAUUAAUGAUGCAACACCAUGUUCUGUUAUAGCAUCAUCUCCAAAAUAGGGUGCAUAUUAUUAUGCAAUUAAGCUUACAAUUCACACAUAUGUAAUUAUUUAAAUUGAUUGACCUGAUACCCAGGGAUUCUGGGUAGACCCCUGAGCUUGUAAUAACCACUGGAUAGUUGUGUGUUUGACUUUAUUACAAUGGUCUUCAAAACAGUGUUGAGAAAUAGUUUUAAUAAUACAUGAGCUUUUAUUAUAGAGGUAUGGGUAAACUCUUGUUUAAACACAGCAUAACACUGCAUAUCAAUGGCUAACCUGGCUAAAAGCCUAAUAUUUGAUAUACAGUACAUUUCAGCCACAUGUGAAAUAGAUCAUGAUAUGUGCUAUCAUUUUGGGUAAUUUAACAUGUGUGGAACAAAACGAUUGGUCGAAUCAACUGCCUUUUGGUAGAAUAAAAAGUAGGACAUGAUAAUGAUUUAUCUUGCAUGGGUUGCACUAUGGAGGUGUAUGACUGAAGCAAGUCAAUUUUGGGGGGGGAAACAACACUUAUUUUGCACUAAA